UCUUCGAAGUGAGAAAAAAUCGCUGCAUGAAAUUAACAACACAGACAGUAAGUAAUGCGAUUAACGCAUCAAUGUCGAAUAGGAUUUUCGUCAAUUUCAUCGCGAGAUUCAUUGCUUCUUAACCGAUUUCUCCAUUCAGCCGAAAAAUCGCACAAUUUUCCUUACACAGAGGAGGUUUUGGCUUCCCACAUCGCGCCGCUUCUAGAGCAGAAGAAUCCCUCUCAAUCCCCCUCCGUUCUUCAACAAAUUCACGCCCAAUUCACAGUUAAUGGACUCCUCAACAAGGGAAUUUUGGGGACGAGGAUUUUGGGCGUUUACAUCUCGCGCAGCAGCUAUUCCGACGCCAAGAAGCUUUUCUGGCAGCUCAAUCUGCGGUAUGCUUCCCCUUGGAAUUGGAUGAUUCGAGGGUUUACGCAGAUGGGGCGUUUCGAUUUGGGGGUUUUGCUCUAUUUCAAGAUGCUUAGCAACGGCACCGAUCCUGAUAAAUACACUUUCCCUUAUUUAAUCAAAGCUUGCAGCGGACUGCGCGCUGUUGGUUUGGUGAAAUUUGUGCAUCGGAUGGUGAAAGAUUUGGGUUUUGAGGUGGAUGUGUAUGUGGGCAGUGCUUUGGUUGGUUUUUAUGCGGAAAAUGAUUGUUUGGAUGAUGCGCGGAAGGUGUUUGAUAAAUUGCCUCAGAGAGAUGUGGUGUUGUGGAACGGUAUGCUUAACGGUUACUUGAAAUUCGAGGGUUUGGAGGGUGAAUUGAUUGAAUUGUUUGGGGAAAUGAGGAGGAGUGAAGUUGAGCCUAAUGCGGUUACGUAUACUUGUAUUCUAAAACAAUGUAGCUCGAAAUCGAUGUUGAAUUUGGGAGCUCAGCUUCAUGGUUUGGUUAUUAGGUGUGGCUUCGAGAUGCAUUCUUCGGUGGCUAACACGUUGGUUGCGUUGUAUGCGAAGUGUCGUUGCUUCUCUGAGGCAAGGAGGCUGUUUGAUCACGUCGAGCAAGAUAAUAUUGUCGCGUGGAAUAGUAUGAUCGGAGGGUAUGUUCAGAACGGGCUCAUGGACGAGUCUCUUGAUUUGUUUAGUAGAUUGAUUUGCUCGGAUGUAAAGCCGGAUUCUGUCACCUUUGCAAGCUUGCUCCCUUUGGUUCCUGAAUUAGGGUGUCUGGACUUGGGGAAGGAGAUUCACGGCUAUAUUAUUAGAAACGCGGUGUUUCUUGAUUUGUUCUUGACAAAUGCGCUUAUAGAUAUGUAUUUCAAGUGUAAGAGUGCGGAUAUGGCGCGGAAGGUCUUUGAGCAGAGCUCAGCGAUGGACAUUGUCAUCUGCACUGCGAUGAUCUCGGGCUUUGCUCUCAAUGGGAUGAAUAGCGAUGCUCUGGAAAUUUUCCGGUGCUUGGUUGAGAGGAAGAUGUCGCCUAAUGCUGUCACGUUUGCAAGCACUCUCCCAGCUUGUGCAGGCUCGAUGGCCUUAGCGUUAGGGAAAGAGCUGCACGGUAGCAUCAUUAGGCGAGGGCUUGAAGGAAGAUGUUACAUUGCAAGCGCGUUGACGGACAUGUAUGCUAAAUGUGGGAGGCUGGAUCUUGGCCACCGCGUGUUUGAGAGAACCCUAGAACGCGAUUACGUGUGUUGGAACUCGAUUAUCAUGAGUUGUAGCCAGAAUGGGAAGCCGGAGAUGGCAAUGGAUAUUUUCCGGGAGAUGGGAUUGGAGGGGGCGAGAUACGAUUGUGUGAGUAUAUCAGCAGCGUUAUCCGCGUGCGCGAGUUUGUCGUCUCUUUGCCAUGGGAAGGAGCUGCACGGCUUCAUGAUGAGAGGCGGGUUCGAGCUGGAUCUCUUUGCUAGUAGCGCUCUGAUCGAUAUGUAUGCUAAAUGUGGCAACUUGGGGUUGGCGCAGCGCGUUUUUGAUGUGAUGGAGUCGAGAAACGAGGUUUCUUGGAACAGCAUCAUAGCUGCUUAUGGCAACCAUGGCCGUCUGCAGGAAUGCCUGGCCCUGUUUGAUGCAAUGGAGGGCGAGGGGUACGAGCCCGACUCAGUCACGUUUCUAGCAAUAAUGUCUGCCUGUGGCCACGCGGGGAGGGUCGAGGAAGGGAGGCGCUACUUCAACAUGAUGGUCGAAAAACGCGGGAUCCCUGCGAGGAGGGAGCAUUACGCGUGCUUGAUUGAUAUGUUGGGUCGUGCAGGGCGUCUAGGGGAGGCGUUCGAGAUGAUCGGAGAAAUGCCUUUUAGUCCGGAUGCGGGUGUUUGGGGAACCCUGCUCGGCGCGUGCAGGAUUCACGGGGAUGUCGAGCUUGCAGAGGUGGCGUCCAAGCAGCUUUCGCAGCUGGACCCACAGAACUCCGGCUACUACGUGCUGCUGUCGAAUCUGCACGCGGAUUCCGGGAAAUGGGGCCGGGUGGACGAGAUUCGGAGCGUUAUGAAAGAGAGGGGAGUGCAGAAAAUACCUGGGUUUAGUUGGAUUGAAGUGAAGAACUGUAACAAUGUGUUUGCAGCUGCAGAUAAGAAUCACCAAGAGGCUUCUCAGAUUUACCAGUUGCUUGAUCAUCUUCUUGUGGAGCUUCAAGAUGAAGGCUACGUUCCUCGGCUCGACUCUCCAGUGCCUCCGUUGAUCGAUGCAGAAGCGUGCUAGUACAAACGUGCGCACGAGAGAGAGACAGAAUUGUUUGUUUCGAGCGAGUACAAUAGGAAACGAGUCGAAUUGAGACGAACAUUUGAGUUCGUUUUGCAUUUAAAGAUCGUGUUUGAGUUUGUUUCGUCUCGUAAAUUUAAGUUGAGCUCGAACCGUCUUGUAAGAGCAUCCGCAGCUCCGUGCAGUGAGCACGCUCUAAAUUUAUUGCAAGAAUCUUAAAUA